CUCGGGGGCUACUUGGUUGGCCACCGACCAGCCGGCCUUCUUAGGCGAGGUCGAUCGGGUGGCAUUGUUUCUUUGGGCACAGGCGAAAGCUCGUUCGUUUCGGAGCCGCGCAGCAAGUUCGUUAGUCGAACCUGAAAGAGUCUUUUACUUUCUUCUUCUUUUCUUACACUCUUUGCUGCGGGAGUCCUCCGCCGAGUGGCAGUCGUAGGGGUCCGAAGAACUGGCCCCCAUGCCGCCCUGCCGCGAUAUCGAGCCAGACCAAAAAAGAUUGGGCUUGGAUGACUUUUGGCUCAGUAUCGGGUGGGAAUGACAUCGUCAUCUCCUUCUUCGGAUCAUCGCCCGAUUCUUCUCUUUGCUCACCUUUUCAUUCUCGUCAUUUCUUGCAUCUUUGUUCCUGAGGUCAUCUUUUGCUCGAUCAAACCGCUUCUUGGGUUCCUUUUGUGAGGCCUCUUGCCACCUGAUGAACAACACAGUAGCUACUCCUUGUCUUAUACCCUUUCAUCUGUGAAUAGCGACAAUCCCAUUGUACCUGCUUGUCUCUUCCAACUCGAAACUUCUUCAACCCACGACUUACUUCUACGCCUUUGUGUCCCGUUUCUCCUCCCCGCAGGGGUCUCGAGGCCUCGUUACUCUCCUUCCGUGGUCAUGAACCCUUGACACAAACCGCCACCUGACUCCCGACUUACACAUCUUUUGAUACGCGCCUCUGACUCUGCGGUAAGAGCUCAGACUUCACCGCCGGCCCUGCAACCCCAUCAAGCAACGUCCCGGCUGAAAGAAGCCCAACUAUUGCACCAUCAUAAACACAUCACACACUCCAAACUCGGAACAUGUCGAGAUUACGAAAAUGCACACGAGCCGCGGUGCUCUCCGUCCUCCUCGCCUCCGCUCAUGCCGCCUCCAUCCCCUCCGUCUUUGGGCGACAAGACAACACAUGCGCCGCCGCGGGCUUCACCUCCUGCGGCAACGGCCUCCCGGGAAACUUUUGCUGUGGUACGGGCAAGAAAUGCAUCACUCUAGCCGGGAACACCACCGUCCUCUGCUGUCCCGAAGGGGAGAGCUGCGACAGAAUCUCGCCCAUCACAUGUAACAUCAACCUCCAAGAUCCCGUGGCACACCCCGAUGCCUCCAUCAAGACCACCGUCCUCAACGGCACACUCGCAACCUGCGGCGACAGCUGCUGUCCCUUUGGAUACAGCUGCAAUAGCCUGUCGCAGUGCACGAAAGACUCGGACCAGACCAAGGCGCCGGAGGAAGCCUCCACCCCGGUUCCAAAGCCGACGUCGACAGCCACCGCCGUCCCGAGCGUGAUCCCGACGACCAUCGCCGCCAGCACGACGCCCGCGGGUGACAACAAUAACAACGACAACGGCGACAGCGAGAACAAGAACGGCACCUUCCCCACCGCCAUCGUCAUCGGCUCCCUCGUAGGCCUCCUCGUCGGCGUAGGCCUCGGCGUCGCCCUCCUCCUCUUCUGCGCCCGCCGCCGUCGCCGCGGCCCCGCUCCGCUCAGCGAGAAGAAACGCGGCGGCAGCGGUGGCCCUCGCCCGUCGACGUCCACCUCGUCCUUUGGCAACAUCAUCUCGGAGCCCAUCCCCAUCACGGACAACGCCACCGUGCGGACGGACUUCAUCCUAAAGACCCCGUCCACGACGCACUCCCGCUCGCGAAGCGACUCCGGCUUCGUCACCUCGCCGGCGGGGUUCACCCCCAACAAGGGCCACAACCGCCUCUCCUCGACGGCGACGACGCUGGCGCACCACCCCAUCGGUCUCGCGCGCAGCGACUCAGCCCCGCGGACGCCGCCCGCGAGGGGAGCAGGCACCGGAGCCGUCGCUCCCAUCAGGGGUAUGCGUCCCAACUCCGGGUCGAGGCGCCUCCAGCCGCCCAACGUGCCGAACCCGCUCCAGCCGCCGAAGCCGGGGUACAUCAACAACAACAACCAAUCCCACCUCCAGCGCGAGCCGAGCAGCGAGAGCAUCAGCGUGUUCGCGGACCCGCGGACGGUGGGCGGGCGGCCUGGGGUGAAGAGGAACACGACGUUUACGGAUAUGAUGGAGGAGGCGGAGCUCGGUGACGUGCGGAGGGGGAAGCCGUACGUGCCGUACACGCCGCAGAUGCCGUCGCAGCCUGGUCGAUGAUUUCUUUUUUUGUCUCGAGGGGAGUGAAGGG